GUUGAUUCCCCCCUACCCCUCCUCUUCUCUGGGCUUGUCCAUGAGCCUCCUCGGGAGCUACCGGAAAAAGACCAGCAACGAUGGUUAUGAAUCUUUGCAGCUGGUGGACAGUAACGGGGACUUAAGUGCGGGGAGCGGCGGGGGUGGCGGCAAGCAGAGAGUGCACACGGCGGCGGCGGCGGCGCGGAGUCCCGCCCGGCAGCCCCCGGACCGCGCCAGCACCAUGGACAGCUCAGGUGCCUCGUCUCCAGACAUGGAGCCCAGCUAUGGGGGAGGUCUUUUUGACAUGGUGAAAGGAGGAGCGGGGAGGCUCUUUAGUAACCUAAAGGACAACUUGAAAGACACCCUCAAAGACACAUCUUCUAGAGUUAUACAAUCUGUUGCCAGCUACACAAAGGGAGAUUUAGACUUCACUUAUGUUACCUCCAGAAUUAUUGUGAUGUCCUUUCCUCUGGACAAUGUUGACAUAGGAUUCAGGAAUCAGGUUGAUGACAUUCGGAGCUUUUUGGAUUCCAGACAUCUUGAUCACUACACAGUCUACAAUCUGUCACCCAAGUCUUACCGCACUGCCAAGUUUCACAGCAGGGUCUCAGAAUGCAGUUGGCCCAUUAGGCAGGCUCCCAGUCUGCACAACCUCUUUGCUGUGUGUCGGAAUAUGUAUAACUGGCUGCUACAGAAUCCCAAAAACGUCUGUGUUGUCCACUGCUUGGAUGGACGGGCGGCAUCGUCAAUUCUGGUUGGUGCUAUGUUCAUUUUCUGUAAUCUCUACUCUAGUCCUGGCCCUGCUAUUCGAUUGCUGUAUGCGAAGCGACCGGGAAUCGGACUGUCACCAUCCCACAGGAGAUACCUGGGCUAUAUGUGUGACUUACUAGCGGACAAGCCCUAUCGCCCUCACUUUAAGCCUCUCACGAUCAAGUCCAUCACUGUCAGUCCAAUACCCUUUUUCAACAAACAGAGAAAUGGAUGUCGUCCUUACUGUGAUGUACUGAUUGGAGAAACCAAAAUAUAUACAACCUGCACAGAUUUGAACGAAUGAAGUGAAGAAUACCGGGUCCAAGAUGGAAAAAUCUUCAUUCCCUUGAACAUCACUGUGCAAGGAGAUGUGGUUGUUUCCAUGUAUCACUUGAGGUCAACCAUUGGGAGCCGGCUGCAGGCUAAGGUGACCAACACACAGAUAUUCCAGCUUCAGUUUCAUUCUGGAUUCAUCCCUCUGGACACAACGGUAUUAAAGUUCACCAAGCCUGAGUUAGAUGCAUGUGAUGUACCAGAAAAAUACCCUCAGCUAUUUCAGGUGACGCUGGACGUAGAGCUACAGCCCCAGGACAAAGUGAUAGACUUAACCCCACCAUGGGAGCAUUACUGCACAAAAGACGUCAACCCCAGCAUCCUCUUCUCUUCUCACCAGGAGCAUCAAGAUACUCUGGCCUUAGGAGGACAGGCUCCAGUAGAUAUCCCUCCAGACAACCCCAGGAAUUUGGGGCAAAGUGGUUUCUUUGCCUCUCUCUGUUGGCAAGAUCAGAAAUCAGAGAAAUCGUUUUGUGAGGAGGACCAUGCUGCGCUAGUGAAUCAGGAGAGUGAGCAAUCCGAUGAUGAACUUCUGACGCUCUCCAGUCCGCAUGGCAAUGCCAAUGGUGACAAGCAUCAUGGUGCCAAGAAGCCCAGCAAAAAGCAGCAGGAGCCAGCUGCCCCACCACCUCCUGAGGAGGUGGACCUUCUGGGCCUAGAAGGGUCCGACGUGAGUAAGAACUUCUCUCCACCGGCGGCGCCUCCCUCCAAUUCUGAACUACUGAGUGACCUGUUUGGGGGUGGAGGUGCAGCUGGUCCCGCCCAGGCUGGACAGUCAGGGGUGGAAGAUGUGUUUCACCCUAGCGGACCUGCAUCCACCCAGUCAACACCACGCCGUUCCGCCACCUCCACCUCUGCAUCGCCAACCCUACGAGUGGGGGAAGGUGCCACCUUUGACCCAUUUGGAGCACCUUCCAAACCAUCAGGUCCAGAUUUGCUGGGUUCUUUUCUGAGCACAUCCAAUGCCUCCAGUGACCCCUUUCUUCAACCCACCAGAAGCCCUUCACCUACAGUGCAUGCUUCUAGCACCCCUGCUGUGAACAUUCAGCCAGAUGUCUCUGGAGGUUGGGACUGGCAUGCUAAACCAGGAGGUUUUGGAAUGGGAAGCAAAUCAGCUGCCACCAGCCCAACAGGAUCCUCGCAUGGCACGCCUACCCAUCAAAACAAGCCCCAGACUCUGGAUCCUUUUGCUGACCUUGGGACAUUAGGUAGUUCUUCAUUUGCCAGCAAACCCACCACACCGACUGGGUUGGGUGGAGGAUUUCCACCUCUCAGCUCACCACAGAAAGCAUCUCCCCAGCCCAUGGGGGGAGGAUGGCAGCAGGGAAGUGGCUACAGCUGGCAGCAGCCACAGUCGAAGCCACAGGCCAGCAUGCCACACUCCUCCCCGCAGAACCGACCCAACUACAAUGUGAGCUUCUCAGCUGCACCUGGGGGCCAGAGUGAGCGUGGGAAAGGAUCAGCGAAUUUGGAAGGGAAACAAAAAGCAGCUGAUUUUGAAGACCUACUGUCUAGUCAAGGUUUCAAUGCUCACAAAGACAAAAAGGGACCUCGAACAAUAGCUGAGAUGAGAAAGGAGGAGAUGGCUAAGGAAAUGGAUCCUGAAAAAUUAAAGAUUCUGGAAUGGAUAGAAGGCAAAGAGAGAAAUAUCAGAGCCCUUCUUUCUACAAUGCACACUGUGCUAUGGGCUGGGGAGACCAAGUGGAAGCCAGUGGGCAUGGCAGACCUGGUGACACCGGAGCAGGUGAAGAAAGUGUACAGGAAGGCUGUGCUGGUGGUGCAUCCAGAUAAAGCUACUGGGCAACCCUAUGAACAGUAUGCAAAGAUGAUUUUCAUGGAGCUAAAUGAUGCCUGGUCUGAAUUUGAAAACCAAGGCCAAAAGCCCUUGUAUUAAUUUGUGAGCUUUUCUAUCUCGGCUGCAGACCUGUGCUAAUGCUUAGUGUGUAUCACAAUUCUGAGGUUUUCACAGAUGAACCAAAAAUUCCAGUAACAUAUUUCCAGUACUAAACUGUCAAAUUAUUCAUGAAUUAAUUUCUCAUGAUAUAAAGAAGGUGAAUGUUUGGUUUUUCAAUGUCCCUGCCAUAAAAGAUCCAAAGUAUGAAAGGAACUUUAAAAUGAGAUGUUCUUGCGGGGAUACAACAUUCCAGCCUGCCCUUUGGGGAGCCUACUCAGCAUUUUGCCUGGGGAAUGGAAAAUUGAGGCCACCAAAGGUAAAGGCAUCACUCCAUCUCAUUGUCUGAGAGUAAAAUUGAUGAACAAAAGUGAUAAUAGGAUUGCUCGGAUCUCUCGAUGGUUUUAAAGAAUGGUUCUUAAUUUCUUUUGGAAAUAUAUAAUUUGAGUGGUGGCUUUACAUAACUUCCAGGAACAGAAUCACCAAGUAUUUUUUUUUUUUUUUUUUGGGUGCUGGGGAUCAAACCCAGGGCCUUGUGCUUACAAGGCAAGCACUCUACCGACUGAGCUAUCUCCCCAGCCUCACCAAGUAUUUUUUUAAAUGGAAGUUUAUUAUGGUCUUUGGCAUAAUAGUGUAUGUGUCUACUGGUUAAAGGGCACUAACAAAUAUAAAUGAAGUUAGAUUGUGGGAAGGGAUUAUGCUGUAAUCCAGUGAUUAUCACCAACUCUUCUUGGAUGAGCUAAAAAUUAGUGCAGAUAUUGGCUAAAGAAAAUAGGAACUCUGAAGCUGUAGAAAUCCUUACUUCUGGUCAGGAUGUUGGCUGCUCUCUUCCUUUCCCUUUAGAAAACUGUAUAAUUAAAGAGAAAGUUUUAAUACUAUAACAACUCCAAGUCUGGUUUGAAAGACAUUCCUAAUUUUUCCAUAAGACGUAUGCUCUUCUUUUACUUAGACAAGAAACAUUUUUAGCUGAAAACAGGUUGUAAAGCAGUUUGGCCCACUCACAAUUCACAAGUCAGCUAGUACGUACGGACUUGGUGUUGUUUGGGUUUGUGAGUGGUUGUGGUAAGAGCUGCACUGAUACUGUUUAGUAGAAGAGAACUGUCUCGGGGAGUGAGCUGCAUGCACCUGGACAGUCACAGAACUUGGGAUUUGCUUUGAGGAACCAGGUCCCCUCUUCUACCCUGGUGAAUCUGGAUCCCUUGGAUUAUUGCAGUGGGGUUUAUUGUUUUAAAAGUAGCUGUAGGUACACAGAAACAACAUUCACAUAGGGACCUUUGUGAAAACGAAGCAAGAAUGAAACUUUUCCAGUCUCAGACUGGCUGGAUUUCAGCUCAGUGCUUUGGUGGGUUCUCAUUUGGAGGGGUGAUCAGUACCCUGUUGUGUGAUUUCAGGAGAUCUCUUGAUGAGUACAUACACAAGGCAGACAGGCAAGAAGCUUUUCAUGCUGGUCUUAAAAAGUUCAUGCUCAAUUAUUGUGAAAGCUUUCAAAAGUUGUUUUUAAAAGACAAUCAUGUUUUUGUUCCUGUUUUAAUUUUGUUGUGGCAAAUUGUACUGGAAAAGCAGCAUGUCAAAAAUAGGUUCUACUCAAAUCUCCUUUUUUUUUUUUUUUUUUUCUUUUUGGUUAUAAAGGUUCGUUAUUUAUUUUACUUCACUGACAAUGUGAAACUUGCAGAAAAUGUUCUCUUUUUAAAAUAUACAGCUGUAAACUGUUCAAGGUAACCAUAACAAACUAGGUGUUAUUUAUUAACGUAUUAUAAAAUAAUGUUUGAUUCAGUAUGUGCUUGUCUUAUUUAAAAUUGGAAUGUGAGACAUGUUGCUGUGACCUGUUUUUUCUUUUCUCAUUCACAUUUGUAGAUAUUGUGUGAACUACAGUAUAUAAUGAUAAUAAUUAAAAGGCUAUUAUGUGGAUGUCACGUACAUUUUGAAAUGAUAGAACUAUAUAUUAGCUUUGUAUCAUGUUUGGAUAAUUCAUUAAUGUUCACAGUUUAAAACAUCAUUAAACACUAUGUAAUUAGCAAUGAGAAAGAAUCUUAUUUAAAUUGGGAGGGCUACCCCCUCUGUUUUCCAGAUAUAUUAUAAUUCUGGACCCGCAUUUAUCUCAAAACUCUUAACAGAUGCAGACUCUACAGGUUUUUUGCAUUCCUUUUAAAUAUCUGGUUGUGACAGAGCUUGUUGUUGAUCAGAUUCACUGUUUCAUUCAUAUUUAUUGUAAUAUAUUUUUUGUUUUGUAAAUAUGUUAUACACAACAAAAUGUGAUUGGUCUAAAAUAUUUGUAAUGUAUAUUAAAUGGCUCAAAAAUA